CCUCAAAUGAAAAACAAAAGAAUAUUUUCCGGAUUCCGAAAGAUUUAUCAUAAUGGAAAUUCGGAAAAUUAUUUUGUUAAAAUUUUUUCAUUGACGUUUUUUGUUACUGGUAAAGAAAAUCCAAUAGUGUGAAUUGUUAAUAAAUUAUUGACUAGUUUUUAAAUGUGACAAAUACCUAUCCAAAUUUUUAUGCCUGUGAUCAAUUUUUUUAUAUCAUUUGUAGUAUGUAUACCUUUUGCUCGACGGUUGUUACGCUCCUUAUAAUUAUCAACAAUAUUCAAGGCAAGCGUCUCAAUCCGUACGUAGCCCACUACGAGUCUGUUGAAUAUGAUUCUGAACACUUGGCUUCCAGCCACAAUAGGGCCAAGCGAUCAGUGACUAGUGCAGAUAGUAAUGUGCAUGUCGCUUUUAGGGCAUAUGGUCAUCAUUUCCAAAUUCGACUGCGUCGUGAUUUAAGUACAUUUUCGAACUCCAUUGAGAUAUUGGACAGUAGUGGUAAUCAAUUACACCCAGAUGAUGCGGACACUUCACAUAUCUACCAUGGUCAUAUUAUUGAUGAAGCCAAUAGUGCUGUGUUUGGAUCUAUUACUGAUGGAGUAUUUGAAGGAAAAAUAAUAUCGCCUAAAAAAGGGAUCUAUUAUAUAGAAAAAUCUAGACGAUACAUGCAACCACACGGUCUCCUUAAAAAUAAUUCAGAUUUUCAUUCUAUAAUUUAUAAAGAAAAUAAUGUUGAAAAUCCAUACCAUAAUUCUACUAGUCAUUUUAGUGGUUGUGGGGUCACUGAAUUUGUUAAGCACAAUAUGGAAAAAAUUCAAUACUCAGGUGAUCAAUGGAAUAUUCAACCAUCAGAUGAAGAAAGACCAGCUUACAAAUAUUCUCGCCAGGCAGCAUCUGAAAGACAUCAGGGACCUGUCAGAACAAAACGUGCAACUAAACCUAAGGAAGAACGAAACACAUGCUCAUUAUUUAUUCAAACUGAUCCUUUAUUGUGGAAACAUAUUAAAGAACAAGUUGGUUAUGAUAAAACAAAAACAAGAGAAGAAAUCUUAUCAUUAAUAGCACACCAUGUCACAGCUGUUAAUUAUAUAUAUAGAGAUACUAAGUUUGAUGGACGUAUAGAACAUAGAAACAUUAAAUUUGAAGUUCAAAGAAUCAAAAUUGAUGAAGAUGAACCUUGUGAUCAUAAAUGGACUGGUGAACCAAAUCCAUUUUGCAUGGAAAACAUUGAUGUUAGUAACUUUCUAAAUUUGCACUCAUUAGGAAAUCAUGAAGAUUUUUGUCUUGCAUAUGUAUUUACGUAUAGAGACUUUACUGGAGGUACACUGGGUCUUGCUUGGGUAGCAAGUGCAUCUGGUGCAUCUGGUGGAAUUUGUGAAAAAUAUAAGACAUAUACAGAGACUGUUGGAGGCUUAUAUCAAUCAACUAAGCGUAGUUUAAAUACUGGAAUUAUAACAUUUGUUAAUUACAAUAGUAGAGUACCUCCUAAAGUUUCUCAGUUGACUUUAGCCCAUGAGAUUGGUCAUAAUUUUGGGUCACCUCAUGACUACCCAUCGGAAUGCCGACCAGGUGGUCUGAAUGGUAAUUAUAUCAUGUUUGCAUCAGCUACCAGUGGUGAUCGUCCAAAUAACAGCAAAUUUUCUUCAUGUAGUAUAGCCAACAUCAGUAGCGUAUUAGAUGCUAUACAAGAUAACAAAAAAAGAAAUUGUUUUAAAGCCAGUGAAGGAGCAUUUUGUGGAAACAAAAUUGUUGAAGAUGGUGAAGAGUGUGAUUGUGGGUAUGACGAUGAAGAAUGCGAUGAUAAAUGUUGCUAUCCUAGACAAGUUGCUGAUCGAGAAAGAUUUCGUAAUGUCUCGGCCAAAGGAUGUGCUCGUCGAGCUCAAACUGAGUGCAGCCCCUCCCAGGGACCAUGUUGUUAUGCUGAUACUUGUCGAUUUAUACCAUCCAGUCGAUCAGUCAUGUGUCGUGGUGAAGGUGACUGUAGUUGGAAUUCUUUUUGUGAUGGUACAACACCAGAAUGUCCUGUACCACCUCCUAAACCUAACAAAACACGUUGUAAUGAAGGAACUCAACUUUGCAUAAAUGGAGAAUGCACUGGAUCUAUCUGUCUGGAAUGGGGAUUGAAUGAAUGUUUUUUGACGUCACAAAUAAUACCAAAUAUUGACAAGCGUAAGUUAUGUGAACUAGCUUGUAUGAACGGUACAGAUUCACAGACUUGCAGGUCAACUAGUGAAUUUGCUGCCGCAGUCAAUUUACCUCCUGGAGGUAUUAGUCUCAGACCAGGAUCGCCUUGUGAUAACUUUCAGGGUUAUUGUGAUGUAUUUUAUAAAUGUCGAGCAGUAGAUGCCGAGGGACCAUUAGCACGAUUAAAAAAUAUGCUUCUCAAUAAGCAAACAUUACAAACCCUUCAACAAUGGGCCUUAGAAAAUUGGUGGGCUUGUAUGUUACUGGGUGUAGCAUUUGUUAUCAUAAUGGGAAUAUUUAUUAAAUGUUGUGCGGUGCACACACCUUCAUCGAAUCCGAAGAAACCUCCUGCAAGGAGAAUUAGUGAAACUCUUAGACGGCCAAUUACAACACUGCGUCGAAUGCGCCACCAACCUCAACAAUACGUUUCACAGCAUAGAUCAAGCAGAGUACCAGCUCAUGGAUAUGGUGAGGGAAGAGGCCAUUAUUAUGCUCCAAGAGCUUCUGCACCACCUGCACAUGGUCAAUCAGAUCGUCGUAAUGCGUUUCCAAUGAGGCACCAGCCACAACAUAAAGUGUGAUAAUGUCAAAAUAAAUUUGACGACCUUAAACCAAAGUUGAUAAUGUCGGUCCGACUAUAAUCGGGUACUCGUAUCAUCAUGGUAGGAACCUAAUAAAUUGAUUUAUGUAUUCAUUUUAAUGUACAUAGCCGAAUCGAACCAAA